CGACAAACGAGUGAAAAAUCUCGCACGAGAAGGGAGGGAGGAAGAAAGUGAAAAGAAAAAGAAGAACCACGGAGGAGGAGACCGAAAGGGGGUUGUCAAGUUGCAACCUUAACACAAUUCUAUUUUUUUCGAUGCAUCAGGCCGUGUGCCGAAAAUGACGCAAUCGAAGUGGUGACCGCGAGACAUCGCAAGAGACGACGCAUGUACACCUAAAAUUCGCUCUCUCUCGUCUCUAUACUGAAGGAAAAGAGACUGAGAAGAAGAAAAAAGACGGAGCAAAGUGGGGUGGAACCGAUGGUAGUAGAAGUCGAAGAGGAGUCUCGCCCAACGAGUAGAAUCGUACGAACCUUCAUCGUGGCCGCAGUGGCGGAUCUUUCACUCUGGUGCGCACGUUAACAAAUAUCACGACAAGACAGCCAGCCGAUUACGUGCGACGUAAAUUCGUUUGUCGAAUUAAACGAGAGUUUCAACGAGAGACAGAUACAUACGUAGCACUGACGAACGAGCCGAAUUUUUAACCGAAAAGGAAAAAAAAACGAACUGAAAGAGGGAACAAAAAUGGUUUACGAGAGCGACUUCUACACAACUCGACGACCCUACUCACGGCCUCUCGUUUCGUCCUACAGCAUCACGAAGCAGGACUACUUCCCGUGGGAAAAAGUGCCGUUUGUUCCACGACCAUCCUUGGUACCGGAUCCGUUCACCGUUUGGGGACGCAAGAAACAGGAUCCGAAGAAGGAAUUUUAUCAGUAUGUUACCCUGAAGGAUAAGGAGGGUGUUGUGCGUGGCAAGAAUCCCGCGAAAGAAGACCAUGCUCGUCAGCUGGUGGAUGGAGGCGCAGUGUCGAAGGUUAAUCUGGAUGCUGCUACUGAAUUGGCGACUAAGGGUCACGUUUUCGAAAAAGGAGUGCUUUCCAGACCAGCGACUACCAAAAGACACGUUACGUCUCCUACUCAUAGUAAUCACACCAAAAUAUUGAUGGCACUGCAAACGCCUUCUUGGUACCGAUUUUAACAACGGAACUCCUGGAACAAUCGAUCGAAAACAAUAAUAUCGUAAAAAGAUAAUUUACGAACUUGACAUGACUGAUAUUUCGUUUGAAUAUUUUGAAUAUAUCAACUUAAGCCUAAUUAGAUAAUUGUAGUAAUAGAGCACCUGUCGAACAAUUGCGCGUAGAAAUAUGUCUGCAUACAAUCUACAGAUUGUCUUUUUACUUCAAUAGGAAGCAAAAUGCAGAUCAAUGAUUGAGCCGUAUUUGCAGAACAAAGUGAUUAACUUUGAUACUUAAAAAUAAAUUUCCUUCAUAAUUAAGUUUGAUAUCAUUAAAUGAGAAAAAUUCUUUUGACCGUAAAUUAACAAAUAAUUUAUUUUGGAGACCAAUGUGAUUAUUUCAGGGAUACACGACAUAUGUAUUUAGUAUGACGUUAGAUAAAAGCUACGCCUGUGAAGAUACAUCCUAUAAAGUUUAUUUGAGUUUAGUUUAAAUUUUAGAUAGACAUCUUUAAAAAGAAUGAAUAUACUAUUCUGUCAAUUCUUCUGCUUUUCGUUUGAUGACUCGUAUUUUUGUAUUUUUCUCUUCUACUUGCAAAUUGUUCGUGAACAACGUAUUAUGUGUAGACAUAUGUUUGUCAGCAUUGUACUAAGUUUUAUUACUACAAUUAGUUCAGUGGUGAAUAGUAAGACAAUUGGUUUUCGUUGGUUUAGAAAUCUUUUUACCCUUCAAAUAAAAAGAUCGAAUACCAUAUUACAUAUUAUAUUUACCGAUUUGUCAAGGUAUUUUAUUUCGGCAUUCCCUCAGAGUGACAUUCUCAAGAAAAAUUCGAAUUUUAUAAUAAUGUAUCUAGUCAUAGCUCUGUAGUACUCGAUUCUCAAUUUCUUUCAUCUUAUGGUAAUCCCAAUGUUUUUGUUAUCUUUUUUUUUUAACAAAUACGAAUACAGAUACACACAGAUGUAAUUUUCCAAUGAACAAUUAUGAAAACUAUGAAUAGUUGCUU